GCAGGAUUCAAGGCUUUCCGUGCUGAGUUCGUUUACUUACCCUGUAAACACACCUGAGCAUCCCCAGGAGCUUCACUUUAGCAAAUCGUCGGCGGUUCCUACAUCAGAGGUGAAGCGAGAGAAGGCCUCAAGAUGAGUUACCCAACCCAACAGCUACAGCCCUUCACGCUGUACAUGACGAUCUCCGUUCCCGAGGAGCCACCUCAUACCAUUGCUCAUAUUUACGAUGUCGACACAAGCAAUAUCGAAGUUGUACAUCUUCGAGGCUUAGAGGGAACCUCACAACAUGUUGUAGGGUCCGAGAAAUUCGAAUGGGGAGUCUACUGGCACCGCGAGCUUGGUGAUGGGACAUGGUACAGCUUCCGCUUCACCCCUCCUGAGAUGUACAAAGGACCGCCAGGACUGUACCAGCCUUGGAUCUACAGCCAGGCCACUGUGAAGCAGUCGCCACGCCUUCAUCACCACGUCGUCGGACUCGUACGAAUCAUACGCGUCCCCGAUACCAUCGGCUCUGGUAUCAAGGCUUACCUCGACUGGAUGGCUCCUCUGAUUGCUACCAAGGCGAAGCGCGAUGACCUUUGGGCAAUGUCGGUUUGCCUGCGAACGCGGAAAUACGUGGCUAGGGAGCGAAAGACGGAGGACAAGGGAGUAGAGAGAUUUGAUGCCACUCUAUUCAUCGUCGAGUCUAUGCAGUUUGCCUAUCGUGAGGUGUAGUACGCCUUGGCUGGACAGCUCCCGCGGCCCAUCUAUGUCCCAGACACCGGAGUCGUGAAGGGUCACUGAGAAGCGAAGAUGCUUCAAGACCCGGAGGAAUUUUGAGUUCCCAAGAGCUGCGACAAUAGUAAGUUGAGAAAAAAACUCUUCAGAAGAUCACAAGUCUGACCAGUUACCAGUCGUUCUUCAACAACCACCACGUGGCCGAUCCAUAAGAGUGCAUGCCCGAAGCGAAAAAAGAAGGUCCUGAGCGAGAACACCUAAUGGCCAACAAUUUUUGGGAGGAAUUACAUGGGACGAGAGAGAUCAUGAGAGGACGCGAGUAACCGAGGCUGUCUUGAAUCUAGUCGCCCCUCUAUCACCCACUGUCUGCUCAUCCUGUUCAGCCCUUAACGAGAAAGCGGGUUCGGUGCGAAAAAUGGCAGCACGAUAGACUGUUCAUGAUUCGUUGAAACGGUCGUUAUUGGUCG